CGUGCUCCGAAAGCUAAACCCCACGUCCGAGUACCAAUGGAAAACCCAUCGUCCUCUUUCUCUAGCUUUCAGUCUUACUUCAGGGCCCUGGCUCAGACUCCAGCUCGCUUAGCUCGCCGUGCGCCUUCUGUUUCUUCCUCUUACGAAGAGCUGAGUCGGGUGAAGGGCCGUUCCGGCUCCGCCAUGCAGAGGAGCCUCCGAUGGUAUGAUUUGGUUGGUCUGGGAAUAGGAGGCAUGGUUGGAUCCGGAGUGUUCGUCACCACCGGAAGAGCCAGUCGCCUCUAUGCUGGCCCUGCCAUCGUAAUCUCUUACGCCAUUGCCGGCCUCUGUGCCCUCCUGUCCGCCUUCUGCUACACCGAGUUCGCUGUCCAUAUGCCCGUGGCCGGCGGGGCUUUCAGCUACUUACGUAUCACAUUUGGGGAGUUCGCCGCAUUUCUAACCGGAGCCAAUCUGAUAAUGGAAUACGUGAUAUCGAACGCAGCGGUUGCGCGAGGUUUCACCUCCUAUUUGAGUGCCGCGAUCGGUGUAUCCACGGCAAAAUGGAGGUUCACAGUUGGUGGACUUCCGGAAGGGUUCAACGAAAUCGACUUGGUGGCUGCUGCCGUCGUGUUAAUCCUCACUCUCAUAAUCUGUUACAGCACGAGGGAAAGUUCAGUGUUGAAUAUUAUACUCACCGCAUUACAUAUCCUUUUCAUAGUCUUUGUGAUAUUGAUGGGUUUUUGGAGAGGCGAUUGGAACAAUUUCACUCGUCCAGGAAACCCCAACCAUCCUUCAGGCUUCUUCCCCUACGGACCUUCCGGCGUCUUCAAUGGGGCAGCCAUGGUUUAUUUGAGUUACAUCGGAUAUGACGCCGUAUCCACCUUGGCUGAGGAGGUCCGUAAUCCUGUCAAAGAUAUUCCCAUUGGAGUGACGGGUUCCGUGAUCGUAGUUACCUUUCUUUACUGCCUCAUGGCGGCUUCCAUGUCCAAGCUCCUCCCCUACGAUAUGAUCGAUGUAGAGGCGCCAUUUUCGGCGGCGUUCAGUGGGAGAUCGGAUGGCUGCGAGUGGGUGUCGAGGGUGGUAGGGGUGGGGGCCAGCUUCGGGAUACUGACGUCGCUAUUGGUGGCGAUGUUGGGGCAGGCUCGGUACAUGUGCGUCAUCGGACGUUCCAGUAUGGUCCCCGCUUGGUUCGCUAGGGUCCACCCCAAAACUUGUACGCCUGUCAACGCCUCCGCCUUUCUUGGAAUUUUCACAGCCGCGAUUGCCCUGUUCACUGAUCUCAACAUCCUCCUUAACCUCAUAUCCAUUGGCACGCUCUUUGUCUUCUAUAUGGUAGCAAAUGCCGUCAUCUACAGGCGAUAUGUCGAUAUCGGGACGACAAAGCCAUGGCCUACUUUAUCCUUCCUAUGUUCAUUGUCCCUCACUUCAAUCCUAUUCACCCUAUCGUGGCAUUUUGCAACCUCGGGUAGUUCUAAGUCCUUUCUACUCGGCCUAUGUGUCGGGAUCGCAUCAGCCAUAUCGUUUGUUUUCCGUUACAUGGUACCGCAAGUGCGGAAACCCGAAUUUUGGGGUGUACCUUUCAUGCCCUGGCUACCAUCUAUAUCAAUCUUCUUGAAUAUAUUUCUGUUAGGGUCUCUGGAUGGACCUUCGUAUGUCCGAUUCGGGUUCUUCUCGGCCCUGGCGGUGCUUGUAUACGUGUUAUACAGUGUUCAUGCUAGUUUUGAUGCGGAAGCAGAGGGAUCAUUGGGUGAAAAGAAUGGGGAAAUGAUGAGAGAAUCGGUGGAAAGUGAAGAGCCUAGUUACAGAGUGUAAGAACUUUGGCUCACCUUUCUCCUUUAUUGUCCUUGUACCCUCUAAACAUCCAUUUUUGUAUGGCGUAGACUUA